GUGAGGGAGAGGAGGUUAGCCCCAUCAGUCAAGAGGAGAAGGCGUGCAUUUGUGCGCUGCAUCGUUUGAUGUUCUCCCUGGUUUCUCCCCCCCGAAUCUCCUGAGUAGCUUUUCCAGAAGCCGGGGUGGGCAAAUCAAAGCGACUAAGAGGACUCUCGUUUUGCGGGAGGAGUCGAGGUCGACUUAGUGUCUGGAAUCCUGAUAGUGUGCGCCACACCGGUCAGCGGAGCCUCGCCGGUCACUUCGCUGUGGAUAAGUCACUCAGCGGGAGCCCCGCCGUUCGCCAAAGACGCGUCGCUUUAUCUGCGUCCCGCACCGGCUCAUAAAGCUGCCCCACUGUCAUGAAUUAUUCAGUAAGUCAGUACAGGUGACUACAGUGUUCCUCGUUGCUGGAGUGUUUGAGGGUGGCAGCAAAAGACAGAAACUCGCGUUGUGCGCGCAGGAGGCGGGUAUCGGUGUCAAAGAUGCAGGUGGGUCGGUGCUGCGUGGCUCCCAGCGUUUGGUUUAUGUGGCUGCUCUUACUUUUCUCAACUCAAAACAUCGGGGCAACUGGAGUUGGAGGCACCCACCAAAGCAUCCCCCCGUCCGUGGUGAAGCUCUGGGCCUCUGCAUUUGGUGGGGAGAUGAAGUCCAUCUCUGCAAAGUACUCUGGCUCUCAGCUUCUGCAAAAGAAAUACAAGGAGUUUGAGCGGGCGGUGAGGGUGGAGGAGAUUGAUGGGUUACGACUGGUGAAGAGGCUGGCUAAGAACAUGGAAGAGAUGUUUCACAAGAAGGCCCAGGCUAUGAAGCGAUUGGUGGAGGCAGCAGAGGAAGCCCAUCUACAGCAUGAAGAGAAUCCAGACCUGCAGUAUGAAUACUUCAAUGCUGUGCUGAUCAAUGAGGAUGUAGAGCUGGGAGGAAAGUUUGUCCUGCAGCCCAACGAUCAUUUUAACAACCGAUCAGUCAACCUCAGCCUCAGUGUGGUCCAAGUGCCCACCAAUAUGUACAAUAAAGACUCUGCAAUUGUCAAUGGUGUGUACUGGUCAGAGGCCCUGAACAAGGUGUUUGUGGAUAACUUUGAGAGGGAUCCCUCACUAAUAUGGCAAUACUUUGGCAGUGCUAAGGGCUUUUUUAGACAAUAUCCUG